UUUUUGGUAUAAAAUGCUACAAAAUAGAGAGCCUCAGACCCUCGCAUACACCCCAACUCUGAUUUAUGUCCCAAAAGAUUCAGAAGAGUACAUCAAAUUCAUCAAGAUAAUAGAAGAUAACUACUCCAGUAAAUAACAAGAAAUCCGCCUGCAUCAUGUGUUGGGGGUUCAUCACAUCAUAUCAGAAAAAGAAGCAUCAGGAGCACCUGAGUUAUAUUGUCACAGCAAAAGAUUUCCAAGAUGAAGCAUCUUAUUUAAACCUAUGAAAUUUUAAUAAUAAGAUCCAGGGGAAUAAAAUUGCUUUAUUUAGUGAAAGCUGAAAUACAUUGAUUUCAAAGAACUAUAUGUCAGUUAACCACAAAGCACAGUCUCCAGGCUUAGGUCUAGGAGGAAAUGUGAACAACCAAACCUUUGCUGAUUACUUCCGGCCAAGCAUUGCUAAUCAAUUUGCGAAUGGGGUUCAGACAAUGGAUCCUAUCAUAGCUGCAUUACCGAUCCCUCAGGUUGGGCCUACAGCCAUAAAUUUCUCAAAAGAUGAGCUGCGAACCCUUUGAAAGAAGCAGCAGGAGCAAGAGAAUUUGAUUGAAAGCCUCUCAAGCAUGGUCACCAGAAUAGUUACCGAGAAUGAAACGAAGGACACCAAAAUCCAUAAACUUGAGUCUGACAUAGGCUACCUCUCGAAGCUAUUGGCUGAUUACAAAAGUGUAGUGAACAAGAAGGUUGAGGACUUCAUUUCGAUGCACAAUAAAUCUCAUAAUGGAAAUCUUAUGAGCCAAGAUAGAAAUCCCCAAAAGCUUGAAAAGGCAUUUGAAAGUUCAGAAACUCACUCAAGGACUGGUGAAAUUUGCUUAUCAAAUAUUACAGAAUCAAAAGAAAGUGAUUCAAAGAUUAGUGAUUGUAUUGAGAUCUCGACAGUUAGUUAUGGUAAUGAAUAUGCUGAUAAGGAGAAAAUAAGUAAAAAUAAGCCUUCUGUUGCCCUCUAUAAUCCUAACCAGAUCGCUCCAAGCGACGGCUAUUAUUGAAGUAUGAAACCAGUAAAUUCAAUGACUCCAAGUGAGGUUGAAGCCAUAGAAGGGUGUAACAAGGAGUUGAAAAAUGCCAUUCAAAAUUGCUCCAAAGAUCAAAGUUCUUUAAUCCUUGAUCAAGAGUCAUCAACCAUAGAUUUCUUCAAACAGAACCCAUCAUCUACUUUAUUUAGCCCUCAGAAAGAAUCACAGCAGACUGAAAAUUUGGAUGACUAUAAUCUAACUUCAACCCCAAGAAAGCAGAAAAGACGUAAAAAAUCGAAGAAAUACACCAAGAAAGAUCCUGGGCCUAAGAAGUCAUCUGUGAAUAACUCCAAAGCAGGCCUUGGUAUAAAAAGGAGGAAAUCAAAGGAAAAUUUCAAGUUGGAUGGAACUCCACGAGAUGAAAAUAGCAGUUCGAAUGUGGUAUGUUUAGACUAA